AUGGGCGUAUUGGACUCUUCAAGUGAGACUCAGGCACUUGUCACUACUCAUAAUCGUGGUGGUUCUUCUCGUGGACGACGACCUUCUUCUCGCCAACAAGGAGGCCGCAACCAACCUCGAAAUAGAAGUUCCGCUCGUUGUGGCCUUGACACAGCGGGAAAGACAUGGGCGAGGCGAAUAAAGGACUCGAAUAAAGGCGUAAUCAAAUCCUCCAUAAAUAGGAAUUCUAUGAAAAAAGCAUCCCACACUCUUUCCGAUGAAUAA